CUCGUCGUCUGCGCGUCGCUCGUCGACAAGGCGCCGAACCUCGCGGGCCUCUGCCGCACGGCGGAGGUCUUCGCCUGCGAGAAAUUGGUGUUGCCCGACGACCGCUGCGCGCGGACGAAGGAGUUCAAGGCCAUCGCGGUCACGGCGGAGCGGUGGAUCGCGACGGAGGCCGUCGCGCCGCGCGACCUCCGGCCCUGGCUCCUCGGCCUCAAGGCGCGGGGCUACGCCGUCGUCGCCCUCGAGCAGGCGACGAACUCGACGUCCCUCGCCGGCGACGCGGAGCUGCCGUCGCCCGCGGUGCUCCUCCUCGGCCGGGAGAAGGAGGGCGUGCCCGGGGACCUCAUGGACCUCUGCGACGUCUGCGUCGAGAUCCCCCAGCUCGGCGUCGUGCGGUCGCUCAACGUCCACGUCUCGGGGGCCCUCUGGCGCGCCAGCGGCGCGGGGGCGGCGAGUAAGAGUUGGCUAUGA